AUGAUUCAGGUCGAGUCGAAUCCCACCCUAUUGCCACCAUUCCAACCGGUACAAGCACUCGAUCUACAGCUUGGCAAUGAGUAUGUGCUUCAAGUAACAGCCAACAGCCAAUACGCCAUGGCUUCAUGUUCGGAUAGCACGGUGCGCCUUUACGAUCUAGCAACGUUGCAACCUGCCACAGCACUACGCCAACAAAAGGUGCUCACCAAGAUGCAGCUGUAUAAUGAUUCAACUCUCUUUACAUCAUCCGUGGAUGGAACACUUGUACGAUGGGAUUUGAGAACAGCACAACCUGUACAGACAUUGACGUAUUCCAAGCCGAUCUCUGCAUUCGACAUCAAUUGCAAUGAUACGAUGGCAGUCGUUGGUACGAGUGAUUAUGACAAGUAUGCCAAUGGUGAACUUGUGUUUUUUGAUACCCGCCAGUCCUCGAUCCUGCAUAAAUUUGUUGAAUCCCACCUCGAUGAUAUCACCGAAAUCCAAUGCCACCCCAGCAUGCCAGCUCGUCUUUUAUCAAGUUCCACCGAUGGUAUUAUCAACUAUUACGACGUUACAGACUUUGAUGAGGAAGAAGAUAUUCUCGCGGUGGUGGAUGCUGGCUCGUCAAUUCAAAAGAUGGGAUUCUUUGGUCCUGAUGCAGAAUACGUGUACAGCUUGACGCAUACAGAGACAUUUUUAUUGCAUACAUUGGAGGGUGAUCUCAUUUGCGACUUUGGUGAUGUGCGAAGCUUUGAUAGCAAUCAAGUCGAGUAUGCUAUUGAUUGUAGUUAUGAUCCGGUAUCACAGCGCUUCUAUUUGAUCACAGGCAACAAUAGUGGUGAUGUCCAAUUACUGCAUGUGAAUGUGGGUCAAGUACAACAUUGUCAAACACUCAAGGCACCUGGUGGUCAUACAGACAUUGUUCGAGCGGUCUAUUGGAAUCAUCAUUCUCAGAGCAUCUUAACAGGUGGUGAAGAUGGCCGUAUGUGUGCAUGGCAAGGUGCAUCAUCAUAG